AUGAUCCUCCUGGGCCUAUUGGCAGUUCUGGCCAUUGUUUCAACGCUGGUCUCCACUGCCGCCGUGCCGGCUCCGACUCUCAAACCGCCAGUCGUCCUUCCUGGUGUCGAGCACAUCACUCUGAACCGGUCCCAGGAGGCCAAAUAUUUUCACGAACCGGGUGGCGAUGAUAUCCUGGGCCAUUACGACACGCGAUUCUACCAUGGUGUCGUGUCGGACGCAGAACGGGUCGACACACUUCGGCACAUGAUCCGAGCCUAUCUCAAUUUCUUUCGGGAAAAUGAUCUGGAGACCUGGAUCGCGCAUGGCUCAUUGUUGGGCUGGUGGUGGAACGGCAAGAUGCUUCCAUGGGACUGGGAUCUCGAUACACAAGUGCUCGACACCACCCUGGCUCGCAUGGCCGUCCAUUUCAACCAUACGAUCGUGACGUACGUCUCCGACGAUGACAAGGUCAACCGCAAAUACCUCCUGGACGUCAAUCCGUGGGCCUAUUGGCGAGAUCAAGGGCCGGGGCAUAACAUCAUUGACGCGCGGUGGAUCGACCUUCAGAAUGGGCUGUACAUCGACAUCACGGGGUUGAGCCAGCUCGACCGGGAAGAGGAGCCCGGGAUCUGGCAGUCCAAGAACUUCCACCGCUACCGCACCCAGGAUCUGUAUCCGCUGCGGGAGAGUGUCUAUGAAGGCGUUCCGGUGAAGAUCCCGUACAAGUAUCAGAAGAUCCUGGUUGAGGAAUAUUCCGCAAGAGCGUUGACAAGAACCAGAUUCCAGAAGUAA